AUCAAACCUAUAUUCAAAAAGUGAAGGGUUUUACAGGAAAUAUCUAGAAAGUUCAAUUGUAUAUGUGCUCUGAAAAAGCCACAUUUGGCCUUGAUUUCCUGAUAAGAUGUUGCAAUGUACUUCCUGUUAUGCGUCAUUGCCUACCGGCAGGGGUGCACUGACCAUUUUGGAAACUCGGGCACUGCCCGAGGGCCCGGGGUCUGUAGGGGGCCCCAUGAGAUGCCUUUUUUCAUAGGCUUUUUUGAGUUUGGGCAUGGACACAGGGGCCCCAUGAUCCCCUAUUGCCCGGGGGCCCCAUGAGUUGUCAGUCUACCCCUGCCUACCGUGCUGCCUAUCCAUGCCACCUCAUCAGUGCCCAUCAGUGCUGCCUAUCAGUGCCCAUCAGUGCUGCCUAUCAGUGC